AUGCAAUCACUCGUGCUUCACCCCCCGAGCCUCACUAUCUCCCAGUUCGGACAACCCCGAUUCAACCAGGGCCCAGAGCGGCUGCCGUUGAAUCGAUCUUGGUCCCCCAAUGCUCGAGGGUGUAGCCCCCGGGCUCCUAUACCCCAUCAAUCUAUGUCUGGGUCGCCUCCAGCAAAACCCUCGGAGCCAUCCGCAGAGAUCAAGCCUCGGGGAUAUCCUUCCUCUCCCGUAGUCACGGCUGAGCGGUCUGUUGUGCCUGCAUUGGAGCUAUCGCAAGUACCGGUUAAUGAACCACUGCCACGGUUGGGAUAUAACGAACAGGGACCGGUAUAUGCUGGAUCUCCACCACUACCAGGAGCGCCGCCAUGUCCACUCCCAACACUGGAUCCAACACACCCCACAGGUCGCUCACUGGCACAGAAAUCAACCCGACGUACAAAAGCCCAUGUGGCAUCGGCUUGUGUCAAUUGCAAGAAAAAGCACCUUGGAUGUGACCCGGCCCGUCCAUGUCGAAGAUGUGUGCUUGGUGGAAAAGCGUCAACCUGUGUGGAUGUCACGCACAAAAAGCGAGGACGACCCCCGUUGAAAGCAGAGGAUUCAUCUCUCCGGUCCUAUACCACACAUUUGGAUAACCCGACUAUCCCAGCGGAGGCCCAACCAACCAUGCCCCCGCGGCGGACCACUAUGCAUCGGGCCACCUCUUCACGAGAACUACGGCCCAUGACGGAUCUACAGGGAUUGGGAGAUGUAAGCUCAGGAGUACGGACACCACAUCGGUGGUCCGCUUCGGUAUUUCCUCUGACGCGGCCUAUGGACCCCUCCCCUACGGUCCCGGGUGGUAUGAUUCGACGCCCAUUCUCUUCAUCUGGACCGCCAUCGCAUUCAGUACCAACACAUCCACAUGUACCUUCAUCAUACAUGCCAAUGGCAGGGUUCAAUCCAGUCAUAAAAGGUAACACGAUGUCUGGUGGGAUGGAGCGGCGAUUCCCAACAUACGGCAUCCCAUCAUUACCACCACCAACAUCACCUCCGCAACAUCAGCCUCCACCAGUCGGUGUGCCCUUUCUACCAUAUACUGAAACGCCCGGCAAUCCUAUCCGCCCAACAGCAAAUGAUCCACGAGUAUCGCUAUCACCUCGGGACCCAUAUAACAUCGAAUCCCCAGUCCGACUCCCUCCAAUCCACCAGGCCACAACCGGGCCACCACCCCCUCCCCACCAUGUCCAUCGCCUGAGCGACCCGUACCCAAUGAAUUGGACUCUCCCAGGCCGAGAAGAAUCCCUUCACGACUCCCGCGCUCUACCUCUCCACAGAUCUGCAGGUCCGGUCUUCAACUACUCCCUCCCCCACCAACGCUCCUCCUCCAUAACAAGUGCAACCAUGGACCCCAUACCUCGCCACCUUGGGCCCGUGGAAUUGCCAUCCCCGAUCCAGAUGACAUCCGGCCUCUCGCCUACCAUGACGAGGGCUGGGCCACCCAGCACCGAAGCUGAAGGUCACGACAACAGACCCAUCAAACGGCGCAAGAUGGCUUUGGAUGACAUGGUCAACGGCUGA